AUGUCCCGGUGGGAUGCAGCAUUGAUACUGAUGGCGGUGCUCGGCUGGAGCGCGCUGCAAUCGACGGAGGGCUGCCCGGCGGAGGUUUGCGUGUGCAAGUGGAAAGGUGGCAAACAGACGGUAGAGUGCGGAGGGCGCUAUCUGAACCGUCUGCCGGACGGUAUGGAUCCGGGCACGCAGGUGCUCAACUUUUCCGCCAACAGUCUAACGAUACUGCAGAGCGAACGGUUCCGCAAGAUGGACCUGAUCAACCUGCAGAAGAUCUAUCUCGCCCGCAACCAGAUCGUGAAGAUACACGAUCGUGCGUUCCGCGGGCUCACCAACCUGGUGGAGCUGGAUCUCUCCGACAAUACACUGUCGGAGGUGCCGACCGAGACGUUCCAGGACUAUGCGGCCCUGAUGCGGCUCUCGCUGAGCGGCAACCCGAUCCGGGCGCUGCGUUCAAGCGCCUUCAAGCAACUGUCAUACCUUACGACGCUCGAGCUGAGCAACUGCCAGAUUGAGCUGGUCGAGGACGAAGCGUUCAUCGGCAUGGAUAACCUGGAGUGGUUGCGGUUAGACGGCAACCGCAUCACUACGAUCCGUGGUGCACACGUACUACCCGAGUCGCUGCACGGUAUCAAUCUGCAAAGUAACCGGUGGCACUGUGACUGCCACCUUACGGACGUGUACACCUGGCUGAACAGCUUCAACGUACCGCAGCGGGAGGAAAUCAAGUGUAGUGGACCACCGCGAUUGGUGGGCGAAACGGUCAAAACCCUCACGCUGGAUGAUCUCGCCUGCGUGCCGGUGGUGACACCGGAAACUUCCUACCGGGAGAUCGCCGAAGGGCGAAACAUCUCACUCGACUGUCGGAUAGCGGCCAUUCCCGAGCCGACGGUGGCGUGGCUGUUCCAGGGCCAGGUGCUACUAAACGAUAGUCUCCUUUCGCCCAACCUGCACCUGUACUACUACGUGGACGAGAUGGAUGGCGCAAAGCACAGCGAGCUGUUCAUCUACAACAUCAACGCGGACGACAAUGGGACGUACUCGUGUGUGGCCGAGAACUCGGCUGGCCGCGUGCAGACCAACUACACGCUGCACGUCAUCGUGAAGGAGGAACCGAUCGUGGAGCAGGUCACCUUCUCGGAGGAGUACUUCCUGGCGAUUGUAGCAGCCAGUGCGGCGACGGCUGUCCUACUCUCCCUACUUUGUUGUAUCGUCGCGUGCAAGUGCGCCCGAUCGCGCCGUUCGUCGGCGGGUGGCAAGAAGAGUCGCGGUUCAAAGAGUGCCUCCGAUGGGUCGGGUGCGCCCAGUCAACAAAAGUGUGCCUCCAUAACGAACGACAUCGGUGAGCCACUGACGGCGGCGAAGAUGAAUGGUGCACUCGCGCUGGGCGAUGGUGGCAAUCCGCAAGACAUUGUACUCUACCUGAACACGAAUCCGAACGGGCUGGACAAGGCGGCACUGAACAGUAUGACGGCAAUGGCGCAGUUCUGCAGUCCUCCGUCGGCGCGUAGCUAUCAGGAUCAGAACCCGGAUCUGAUAAAUGACGCCGAGAGUGGACAGCACAAGACACGACCUCGACCAGACCCGGCGGAUUCCGAUCUCGGGGAGAAGGAUUCGGACGAGCAUAGUAGCGUACAGGACGGGAGCAGCGAGGCCAGCUUCCAGCAGCAACAGCAGCAACCGGGGCCGUAUUAUCCACCGAUGAUUCUACGCGGUCCGCGGUUCGCUUCCUCCGCGCUAUCUACCUUGCCGCGCGGUGGAACAGCAUCCCUAGCAGGCAAAGACCUUUCGGCCUACCAGCAUCAGGUGGACAUCCAUCUGAGCCCCGGGUGCUUCCUCGAUCAGAACGGCUACCCGGUCGACCUAAGCCUGAUGGCAGCACCGAGUGGCCCACCUGUAAACUACUACCGUACGUUGCCGCACAAGAAGCACCAGCAGCAGCAGCAACAACAGCAGCAGGGUACGGGUAAAACGAUCGCUCGGUAUGCCAACGAUGCCGAGUUUAUGAAUCGCACACAAUCACCAGCCGCCUACCAGAUGUACGCUCCGACCGAUCUGCGGUACACGGCCGAGGGUUAUCCGCAGGGUCAGCAGAAUGACCACACCCAGUUUCCUUCACCGCCGGACGGUUACAAGGGCGAAGUGCAUCCCGUGGCCUACAUGAGCUCAACGGCGGCAACAGCGGCCGCGUUCUGCGUUGGGCCGACACCACCCCAGCAGUGGCCCACCUUCCUGCCCGGGUUCCAUCCGCAGCUCAUACCCAUCAUGGCACAGGGUGGUGGCGCACUACUCGCUUCCCCCAUGAUGGCCUCGCCGAGUGGUCCACCCCAGCAACAGCAGCAGCUCAGUAGUCCACAGACGCAGCCAGGUAGUGCGCUGAAGAAAUGUUCCGUCGGUGCGCAAACGUCCGAGCUGGACAAGGACGUCAUUCCGGAGCAGCGCGAAGAGGAGGAGGAGGAAGAGGAGGAUCCCGAGCAUGGUGGCAGUGCGGUGAAGCUGCGGCACCUGACGGGCCCGCUGGCGGACAGUCCAGACGAGGGCUACGUUGGUGAUAGUCACGAGACGAGCGACAUUUGA